AUGGUGUUAUAUAAAAGAAAACAAGUGAAUUUUAUACCUCCACCUCCAAUACCAUCGGAUUUAAAUAUUCAAGUAUAUUAUAUUCCUCAAACAAAAGAAUGGUUUCCAAAUUAUGAAGAUUACCUUUCCAGAAUGGAUUAUUAUAAACGUAAAAAAUUUGUUUGUGAAAUUACUGGGAAUUCAUGUUUAACAUUUUUUGAAGCUUUACAAUCAGAAGCAAAAGAAAUUGAAGGAGUUGAAAGAAAUUUUCCUGAAGCCUUAAGGGAACAUAUUUUAAGAUUUCUUCAAUUUAAUAGAAUUACUCGUCUUGAUCAAUUAGUUGAUAAAGUUUAUCUGGUAUUUAAAAAUGAUUUCUUUCCUGGUGAAACAAUCUUUAUAAAGGGAACUUUAACUGAUUAUAAUUCUCUUAAACCAGCUAAAGAAUUAAAUAAUGAUAUUAAAACAAAUGAUGAAAAUCAACCAUUAAUUAAACAAAGAGGAACCAUUAGAGAAAAAGUUCAACAACGUUUAGGUGAUGCAAUUACAACAAAAUAUCUUGUCGUUCGAUUAAAUGAUAUGCAACAAUCAAUUGUAACUCCUGAUAAAAUUGCUAGAGAUAGAAAUCAUUUUACUAAAUGGUUAAUUAAAACUUUUAUAAAAUUAACAGUAGCGAGAUCUCAUAAAGUUAAUGCCCCUUGGGUUGUAAAAGAUAAAUAUGCAAAGAAAUAUAGAAUUCCUCAAAAAUAUCCUGAAGAUUUAAUUCAAUUUGCUGAUUCAACUCCAACUGGUGAAAAUAUGAUUAAAUCAAAAUCAAAAAGACUGCAAUCUCAAGGGCAAAAUUCAAGACAACGAGGUAGAUCUGAACAACAUGCUAAAGAACAAUCUAAAAAGGAUGCUUUAUUACUUCAACAACAGCAACAACAACAACAACAAAUCUUACUUAAAAAGAAAUUCCCCGCUCAUUAUUUACCAGAAAGUCUUGAAUUAGAUGAUGAAUUAUUUGCUUCGGAACGGUCGACUCCGGCAUUAAAUGGUUCUACCAAUAAUAAUGUUAUUAAUUCAAGUUCUCUUCAACCUACUAAGAAACAUAUAACUAAUGAUUUAGAAAUCAAAUUUGAUAUUCAAAAUCCCAAACCUAUGCCUGAUGCUUUGGUGUUACCUGUCAAUUCUAAGACUUGGAAUGAACAUUUAAUUGAAGAAAUCAUUAAGGGUAAAGGCAAUAGCAGUAAAGAAGAAGAUGAAGAAGAUGAAGAAGAUGAAGAAGAAGAAGAAGAUAAGGAUGUUAUUGUUAAACAAAUUAAGAAAUUAAGUUCUCGAAAGAUUCAUGCCGUUCAAGAAGCUCUUCAAUCAUGGAUUUUUAUUAAUGUAUAUCAUUCUGCUUUAAAUUUAGAUACUAUGACAUUUGAUGAUUUUGUUUAUGCUAUGGGAUGGAAUGGUGAUCAAUUUAAUGAAUUAGGAAGAUGUGAAUUAUUAGAUGAAAUAUGGUGUUCAAUUCUUAGUGCUUUUGUAUCCAAUCAAUUACCUACUGGUAAAGAAUUAUCAGCUGCUCGAGAAAAGGAGAUUAUAUUUGGAUUACAAAUUCAAUUACCUCCUAAGACAUCAUAUAUAAAUCCUAUUAAGAAAGAAGCUCAAGAUGGGAAUGAUGAUGAUGAAAGAGGGUCUGAAAGUGAACAUGAAGAGAAAACCUUGAAGAGUGAAGAUGAUGAAGAUGAGGAUGAGGAUGAAGAAGAAGAAGAGGAUGAUGAAGAUGAUAAGAAAAUCAAUACCCGACUGAAAUCUAAAGCUAAAAAUGGAGAAGAAGCAGAAGAAGAAGAUGAAGAAGAAGAAGAUAAAAAAGAAGAAGAUGGAGAAGAAGAAGAAGAAAAUGACGAAGAAGAAGAAAGUGAAGAUGAUGUUGAUCAUAAUGCUUAUAAUGUUAUGAAUUAUAGAAAUUCAUCAUGGGAUGAUAAACUUCGGAAAAGAAACUUUAAGGAUGGAAAUUGGCAAUGUAUUUUAUUAGGAAUUCUUUCUCUUGUUGAAUAUGUUCCAUCAUAUAAAUCACUCAUUGAAGAAAUUUAUCAUGUAUUAGCUCCUAGAGAUUUACCGGCAACUCCAACUACUGUAUUAGAUCAAUUUUAUGAUCAUAUGGAUAUUAAUUUAAAAUUCCAAGUCUUGAAAGUUUUGGUUGAUCUUUUAAUUAGUGGAACAGUGGUUCGGAAUUAUAUUGAUAGUUGUUUAGAUGCAUCGACUGUAUUAAGAAGAAAUAGAUUAGAUAAUAUUAGAGAUUAUAAGAUUAAUUUAGAAAAUGCUCAACGAGUGAAUGCAACUAUGGUUGAAAUGUUGAAUGAACAUCAAAAGACUGAUGAAGAUAAGGAGAAGGAGAAAGAAAAGGAGAAAGAAAAAGAAAAGGAAAAGGAAGAAUCCAAUGGAACUCCAACCACUACAACUUAUAGAAGACCUCGAUUAAAUUAUCAGGCGUUUGAAAUGACGGAAAAUGAAGCAUCAUUUGCCAAAGAAAAUUCCACUUUUAAAGAUUUAUGGCAUGAAAGAAAAGAAUAUUUAUUAAAAUUGAAUCAAUUAAAGAGUGAAAAACGAGAAAUUGAAAAGAAAUUAACUGAAUUAGAUUGUCAACGAGUUAAAUUGUUAGGUAAAGAUCGAUUAUUUAAUCGAUAUUGGUGGUUUGAAAAUAAUGGAUUACCAACAUUACAUGGAGGAUCAGGAGAUGAUGAUGAAAAUGAUGAUGAAUCUAAUGAUAAAAAGGAUAAAGAAGAUGAAGGAACUCAUGAUGAUAAUGAUGAUGAUAAAGAAGAAGUCUUGGAAGAAACCUAUUUAAUGGGUAAAUUAUGGGUUCAAGGACCAUCUGAUGAUGAUUUAAGAAUUUAUUUUAAAACCAAUUAUGAAGAAGCUAAUAAAUUUAAUGAAGAAUAUAGUCAGUAUGAAUUCUUAGAUUAUCAAUUGAAGUUGAAUUCUAAAAUUGAUGAAGAUAAAGAUCAUGAUAUAAAGCAACAAGUUGACAUUAAACCAGAUGAAUCUAAUGAUACCACCAAUACUUCAUCUAAAAAGACUCAUAUUAGAGAAAUGGAUUUUUCUAAAUUACCUCCUCCAUUCCUUAAGACUGUAUCUAAAUUAUAUGAUGUUAAUUUUACUAAGAAUGAAAUUUAUAAACAUGAAGAUUUAAUUAUUGAUCAUGAAGGGGCAUUAACAUCAUAUGAAAAACUGCAAGAAUUAAGUCCAGUUGAAAGAAAAACCAUUGAAGAAUAUUCUGAUCCAUUAGUUAAUGGAUCUAAUUGGAGAUAUUAUGAUAAACCUGAACAAAUUACUAAAUUAAUAACUUGGUUAAAUCCAUGGGGUAAAAGAGAAUCUCAAUUAAAGAAAGAAUUAGCAGCAGUUAAAGAUGCAAUUAUUCUUUCAAUGGAAGCUAGAAGAAAAGCCCUUUAUUUAGAUAAAAUUCCUGAUGAAGAAAUUGCCAUUGAAAAGGAUAUUACUAAAAUUAAUGAAAAGAUUUAUAAAAUUCAAAAUCAAAAUAGUAACAAUAACAGUAACAAUGAUGAAGGUGAAGAAAUUGAAGAUGAUGAAGAUGAAUCUCCUGGUCCUAAACGGAAUUUAAGAAGAAAAUUUACUCCUCGAAAGAAACAAAAACUUCAGACUGUUGGUGAUGUCAUUGAAUUUGGUAAUAUUGAUGAUUUAAAAAGUUUUAAACAGAAAUUACAAAAUCAAUUAAAGGAAAAGAAGGAAGAACGAGAUUUAUCUCGAGUUUUAGAAUGGGUUAAUUCUAAAGCUUUAGAAUUAUUUGAUAAAUCACUUUAUGAUGGUGGAGAUAAAUUUAAAUCUAAAAGUAAGAAAUCAAAGCAUUAUUAA